GCGGCGGAGCGGACAGCCGGCUCUGCUCGGCUCCGCGGUGACUGACAGGAGAAGCGUCGCGCGACUGGUGGCUAACGACUACGCCGAGUCACAGAGGAGGAAAAAACCCCACAAAACAACACCCGCCGCCCGGGACCCGGCCCUUCUUCACCCCGCCAGAGCUGGAAUGCACCGCCGCCGGUAGAAGUUACGUGUGUGCGGACUGAUUUGACGUUUAAAAGCGGGUGUUCAGGGGGGAUGGGAGAUGAUGGAGGACAAAGGCCCUCGUGUAGCCGACUACUUUGUGGUGGCUGGUCUGACGGAUCCGUCCAAGCCGUUGGACCAGGAGAUCCACUUCGACGACGUCUGCCACAAGACGGCCCGGCCCAAGGCUCCCAUCACGGAUGUUGCCGUGGUGAUCCGCUCGCUGGGUGAAGAGGUACCGCCCGGAUUCACCUGCAUCGAGACCACGCCCACCGGCCUGUCAGCUGACCUGAACAACGGCGGCCUCAUGGCGCCGCAGAUCUUCCUCUGCUACAGACGAGGGUCGAGACAAACCACCGCUGACUGACCUGGGAGUUCUGUAUGAGUGGAAGGAGCGUCUGAAGCAGGGCUGUCACCUCAUACAGACCACGCCCUCAGGACGUCCUGCCAACAUCAGCGGCAACUCGUCCCAGAGGAUCUACGUCACAUACCGCCGGGCGCCAGAGAGCCAACCGCACGCUGCUCUGGCCGUGACCGACAUCUGCAUCAUCAUCCCGAGCAAAGGAGAGACACCUCCACACACCUUCUGUAAAGUGGAGAAGAACCUCAACAGCAGCAUGGUGA